AUGACGAAGGAUGACAAAUGAAUGCGUUUACUCCGUUGUUGGCAUGGAUUCCAGCUAAUAAACAAAACUUUAGGACAUGUUUUUUAAAUCAAAGAUUUGCUCUGCCUCUUCAAAAGUUUGAUGUACAUUAUGAAAGGUGAACAUUGUUUGUCUUCCUGGUAUUGGGAGUUUUUAUUUCCUGCUCUUGAUCGUUCCUCUAGACCGCAAGCUAGCAAACAACUUAGCUACGCAGCUAGCUUGUAAGCAGCUGGCCAGUGGCCACCUUUCUGGCCUUUGUCAUUUUCUGUCUUCAUCAGCUAAUCAGCAACAGACAUUUGUUCAAAGAUGAAGAGGAAGGUGGCUCGAUUACGGUUAAGUCCCAACGAAGAGGCUAAACUUAUACGAGAAGAACACGAAAGGAGGCGGAAACUGCGAAUACAACAGGUGCGUGAACAGGAACGGUAUAUUGCACUGCAGAUCCGCAGAGAAGUCAACCGCAGACGGGAACACGAAAUUCAGAUCCUGGCCGAGGAGUUGAAACAGGAUUGGGAGCGACAACAAAAAGAGAAACUGGAGACACUACAUAAGUUGUAUCAGGAGAGCCUCCAACUUUUGGGAGAGGGACACAGAAGUGCAAAAGAAAAUGAACCUGAUUGGGAAGCCAUAGCACAGAAACAUGAGGAGAAUCACAAUAGAGCAGCAGAACGCUAUCACAACGCCCUGAAAGAGCUCAAAUCACAGAGGCAGAAGGAACAAGAGGAACAGAAUCGUUUCAUCCAGGCCAGGAAGAAAGCUGUUCAGGUUGAGAAAAUGCGAGCUGCUAAAGUGGCCAACCUGCCACCCCGACCACCAAACCCUAUUGAGAGUAUUCCAUCCAAGAAGCUGGUAGCAGUGAAGAAAUCUGACGUGGAUGCCUUCUCUGUGACCCACUAUCACAUGCCUGAGACUGCAGUGGACAAGGAGGUGGACACAAGACAGCCCAGCGCCCAGCAGCAGGCGGAGCAGGAGAUGAGGCGUGUGCAGGAGCUGGCGCAGGAGGAGCAGGUGGAGCGCCAGGAGCAGCUGGAGAAGGCACGGCUGAGAGGGAACCACGCUCUGAGGGUGGAGAAACUCACACAGGACCGAGAUCGCUUCCUUGUGGAGCUGGAGCACAUGCAGCAGACAGAGCUGCUCCGAAGGAGACAGGUGGUGUCCCAGAUGCCUGCUCAGAUCUUCCAGCCCCUGUACAAGAGGCAGGAGGUGAGGGAGGACUGGCAGAGGGACAUGGAGUUCGCCUUCGAAGACAUGUACACCGGAGAGAGACGUGUGAAAGGUGACCUGGUGCUCCAGCUGGUCCCAGAGUCCCUCCCAGCCAUGUCCACAGACAGCCAGGACCAGGAGCUGGAUCUCACUCUAGAGGACGUCCCCUCCGCGGCCACAGCCCUUGAAGUCACACCCGGGGACCAGCAGGGACACGGCCAUGACUCCGACCACCAGGUCCCAGCCGCCCAGAGACAAGAAGAACCCUCCAGUCCAGGAGGGGGUGCUCGUCGGCAGGCCCUGAGGAAACUCCUCAACCGCAUCAGAACCCAGAAACGUCAGUGUGGUUCCGGGGGCGUCCGCGACCUGCCAACCGAGCGCCAGACGUCCGACCAGGAUAUGACCAUCGACACUGGUUCCCUGGGCAGUGAGGAGAAGGAGCGUCCUGUCACCUCGGGCGUCCAGCCUUCUGAGUCCCGUCAGGCACCGCCUCAUGUGUUGGAGACAACAGAGGAGUCCAUUGUGGCUGGCACCUUGCUCCAUCCUGGUACGCACGCCAACAGAAUCCACACGUUCGAAGCAGACAGGAAGAAACGGGAGGAGGAGCUGGAGAGGCAGAAACAGGAGCAGCUGGACCUGCUGCAGGAGCUGGAGGAGCAGAAGGCCACACUGGAGCUGCUGCUGCAGGAGGCCCACCAGGAGAGACAGCAGCUACAAGCUGCUGUGGAGCAACAUGACACUGCUGUUGGGCCCAUAAAGCCUGCGAGCUGCGUAGACGAGGAUACGCAGUCCCGCAAAAUACGAGAGUACCAGCAACGUCUACUACAACAGAACAGGCUCCAUAAGCAGUCCGUGGAGCAGGCUCGCCUACGUCUGGAAGAUUACCAACGCACUCUCCGAUACCGCUACAACAGCACUAUGACAGCAACGCAAGCCACUCGUGGACCUAUCAAUCCCAUCUGCCCUCCGCCACUCAAUACUGGCCGAGCGACGCUACCCUUGGUCUCUGUAGAUCUCCCCUCUGGCUCUGCAAUGCCUCCUCUCCCUGUAGCACUUAGCACCCAUUCUAGAACCCAGUCCCCUAUGGAAAUCCCUAAACGAGAGUCGGCCAUUUUGCCUCAACCCUCCAUUCUUCCUGUUCCUGGGAUGCAUACAAGAGCCGGCUCAGGCUUUUCCACCAAGGUCUCAUCAGUGCCACUAACAGUCGCCACAGAAAGCUCCAGAAACCAGCACCCCGAUCAUACUGCUUGGCUGACUGAUCAUUUCCUCCAGAGAGUUUCCGCCCACCUUCCAGAUGGGCUACACCCCCCCUCGACCUCCUCACACCCCCCCUCCUCCAGACCGCCUGCCACCUUGGGUAUCCCAGUCCCAUCUGCGGCAGACCCUGUCCAAGCCCUCCACCCAUCUGAACACCCAGCCACAUUUCCAGAGGAGGCCUCGGCGAAGCCUGGGAUUUUCCUACCAGGGUUCACCCAGACCGGGCAGCUUUUCAGGGAGGAGAUUGAGUUGGAGAGGCAGAGGCAGGAGGUGCAGGAGGCCCAGCGGAGGGUGCAGGGCCAGAGGGAGGCCCUCCUGCUGCAGCAGAAGGAGCAGGAGGAGGACCUGAGGGAGCAGUGGAGGAGACAGAAGGAGGCAUUGGACGCACUACUUAGUGCUAACACACAGCCAAACCCAGACAGUGAUGAUGAUGCAACGGGCUUGGAGAACAUAGAGACCGACCGCCUCACUCUGAUGACGACCCUACUCAGAGCCAUCGAGCAGUCUGACAGCCACAGCCCGUCGUCUGUAGAGGCCUAUCAGAAUAAAGAAACAGCAGCCCACCUUCAGCCACCGGCCAAUGACCCCACCCACCAGAGCGACCGUUGCCAUGGGCCCGCCCCUCCCUCGCAUCCCCAUGCCCCCCGGGCACCCAAACCCCCUGUGGCCCGUACCAGGCCGGGCGUCAUGGAGAUGAUGAGGAUGGAGCAACACGAGCUCAGUGCCAUCCAGGAAGUGGAGACGCCAGCCAAUGGCAGUCUAGUCACAGAGGAGACUGCCAGACUGUCUCUCCCAGGAGCCGUAGGAGUCUCCCAGGAGCAGGAACCCCCAGCUCCUCCAGACGGGGGCCCUCCCGGCAGCUCCAAGUCCAGCCGAGAAGAGCCCUCGGCUGGGAUAGGGACCGGCAGUGGGACUGGGACGGGGAGUGGUAGAUCCAGCAAGCUGUCCUGGAGAGACAGACUGAGGCUAGAGGCGGGGGCCUUUCCGGAAUCUGAUCCUGGAUCAGCUCACCCUGAACAAAUGUCCCAGAAUUCUUCUGAUUCUGGCAGAUGUGGCCUCGGAUACUUUGGACCAGAAACCUCCAACUUCAAACCCCAUCCAGAGGUGGAAGGCGUGUCUCUCCACUCGGCCCACAGACCCUCGGAGCCCGACGGUCUCUCCUCCACCACCAUCUCCUCUGGAAGCUACGUCACCACCGAGCCAGACCACAGCUCCAACCACAUAGAUGUGUCUCUGCUCUUUGCUGGAUUUGGAGAAGGUUUGUCAGGAAGGGGAGGAGCUACACUGGAGGACUCCUCCUCCUCCGACGGAGCUCCUCCUACAAGGAAGUGUCUCCCCCAGCGUCGCCUGCAUCCGCAGCAUCACCUCUGCACAACAGCAGCAUCCAGCGCAUCAUAGACAAGUAUACCAGGGAACUCAACAUCUCCCUCAACACGACAGGCAGCCCAUACGCUCCCUCAGUGUGUGGGAGGGCAUCAUUGGAGGACCCCAGCUCCCUGCUAUCCCAGCAGACCCUCCCUGUCGAGGAGGAGGGGGCCAUGGAC